CCCCUUCCUCCCCGCCUGUCACCUCACGGCUGGUGCCGCUGUGCCGGGGACCGGCACCGGGGCCGCCCUUUCCUCCCGUUCCCCUCUGUCUCCCGGAGGGAAGGGCCGUCCAACCUUGUCUGCAAGGGUUCCAGCUGCCGCCCGCGGCCGCGCCCGCGUCACCGUCCCCAUGGAGGAGCCGCUGGCGCUGCACCCCGUGAAGCUCUAUGUGUACGACCUGUCCAAGGGCAUGGCCCGGCGCCUCAGCCACCUCAUGCUGGGGAAACAGCUGGAUGGCAUCUGGCACACCUCCAUAAUAGUCCAUAAGGAUGAAUUCUUCUAUGGUAGUGGAGGGAUCUCCAGCUGUGCACCUGGAGGGACACUUCUUGGCCCUCCAGACACAGUUGUUGAUCUGGGGAACACUGAAGUCACUGAAGAAAUUUUUCUGGAAUACCUUUCCUCUUUGGGGGAAUCUGCAUUCCGAGGAGAGUCUUACAACCUCUUUGAACAUAACUGCAACACCUUCAGUAAUGAAGUGGCACAGUUUCUGACAGGAAAAAAAAUCCCUUCCUAUAUCACUGACCUUCCAUCUGAAGUUCUCUCCACACCUUUUGGACAAGCUUUAAGGCCCCUCCUGGACUCCAUCCAGAUCCAGCCACCCGGAGGCAAUACCUUCAGCAGACACAAUGGACAGAGCUAACAGGAGUGACCCAGUGUGCCCAGCCUCACCAGGCCUCUUCCUUUUUAAACAUGAAUCUACCAGAUUUCUAUUUUAUAAUUUCUCAUGAGAAUUAACUCUAAAGAAGUUACAAGACAAGUUUUAAAAUUUCCUGGGGAGAGAAUUUAUCAGGGUGCAUGUAAGACAAUGCUACCAAAAAUAUUGCCAUAAUUUCUAAUAGUAUUAUACUAAUUUAUAAAGGCUGUCUUGUCCAAGUAGGCUGACACUUUCUACGUAACUCCUGUGCUGGUAAGUGGAAAUUCAUUCCAUGAGCAUUCAAUGGCCCAUUACACAAUUUGAAUUAAGUAAGGGGAUGUCCUGGCCAUCCCUUGCAUCUCUGUCUUGUCACUGCCUCUAUUUUGAGGGUAUUUGCUGAAGUCUAGCAAAAAAAGCAGAGCAAGUAUUGGUAGCCUAGGAAGUGAAGGUGUCCCAGGAUUAGUCUGCAUAUUUCACUGACAUUUGCUCAAAGGAAGAGCUGAACUCAUCUGAUUAGAAUAUUUGCAGUGGUACAGGUGUAUGGGAAAGGUGAUGAAGCUGAACCAUGUGUCAGUGUCACAGUCAGAAGCUGAAAUUCAGUGGGACUUGCUGUGGUGGGAGGGAACCUGGAGCUGAAGGUUACCAAGAGCCUUGUAAUUCCAGAUCCAAGAGUUAUGGGAAAGAACCAGCUGAGAGAAUCUCAUGAGCAGAAGUGGUAGAGACAAAUUUCAGGUGAAAGUAAAAUGAAGUGAAAACUUUCCUUUUCUCACACAUAAGCUUAUGAGCAGAUAGACAGAACCUUGUUAAUGCAUAAGAACUGUUUUCUUGGUUUUUUGUUUUUCCUUGCAAAGCCAGAGUUACGGUACAGCAAGGCAGGAGUAGCAUGGCAACUGCAUGACAAUACCAGUUGGACCAAUUCUGCCUUCAAUAUCCAAUUGCAGACACAGCAGGAGUUCCAACAAAGUGCUGCCCUUUCCAAAGCAGUCAAGCACAUCAGGGCUCUCCUUAAGAGAGAUAAGUGCUAGGUCUCCCCAGUUGUGAAGAAAAUGAGAAGAGUAAAAUUAAGCUUUUCUGUGGAACAACUGAGUUUCUUGGGAUACAUGCAGAAGCAGUCCUGUGCUUAGAUUAACCUUUGAUUAUAGCAAUACUGCAUCUUCUAGUUUAAGAUUUCUAGAGCUUUGCAUUUACUUGCAGUGGGAAAGAACGGGGGAAUGAAAAAAUAGGCACAAUGUUUUCUUUUCGUACAUAUAUAUAUAUACACACUACUUUCCUGAACAAUUUUGUAGCAGUUACAUUUAGGAAGGAAUAUAAGAAAGACAUCAGAUAAACCCCAGAACACUGCUGAUGCUCUGUAUAUGGGGAUUGCACAUCCCAGAUGCUGCCAAAAAAGCAUCUAUGCAAAUGUACAGCCCUUUGUCCAGUGCUUUGUUGUGAAAAGUAUUGCUGCAAGUUCAGUCCUGCAUCUCAAACUUCCUGCACUGGGAACUUCUUAUAUACCUAAAGGAGAUGUCUUUCCUGUGCUAGGUUCUUUCUCCCAGAAUAAUGCAGAUUGAUAAAUUUCUCACACUGUUAUUCUAUGUGGACAAUAACAGUUUGUAUUUUUCAGGGGUUGGAUUAGAGGAAAACUGCAAUUUUGUCACUGUCAAAUACUCUGUUGUCAUGCACUUUGUGGAGCCAGUGCACAGAUGGGAAUAGGGUAUUGUCAGGGCAUUCUGCUGUUUCAUGUUCACCUGCUCUCAGUGCACAGCCGUGGCCCCUACAGCCCAGAUGCUUCUUUUCCUUGUCAUUCUCAGCUUGUGCCAUCAACUUCUCCUUAAGCAUUUCAUUUGACAGACUGGACUCAGAGAUAACUGUAGCAGUUACUACAGAUGGCUUUUUUACAAAAGCUUUCAAUCUUUCCCCCUCCAAAUGCCCUGUUUGCAGAAAACAUUCUAUGAAAGUCAAUUAUGAAUGCCUUUAGAUGCUCCUGGAGGAAGGAUUGGUGUUUGGUUUUACUACACCAUAGGUUAGUUUUCCUGUCCAGUAUAUAUAUUAUCUCCAGUCUUUUCCCAUACAUAUUUGUGAAGAGUAACCAGCCUUUCAUCUUGAUACACACAUCACUGUGCCACAAAAUGCUGUAAAUCAUGUUAGAGAUCUUGGAGCUUCCUCAGUUGAGCAGAUACACUCAAGCUGACACAGUGCAGCCCAACAUCCUGGUGUGCUCGUUUGGUACCUGCGAGCAGCACAGCUGUGCUUGCUUGCCCUUCAGCAAACUGUCACUUCAGGCACAGCUGCCUGUGAUGGAAGCACUGGUGCCAUAGUUUCUGCCCCACACACUUACAUAAUGAGGAUACACCCUGUAUGUCCACCACUUUGGAUGUCCUGAGCCUAGUUCCUGCUUGGCUGCCUACUUCAGGACUUUUUCAUCCUCUCGGGGCAGGAAAGAAAAGGAAGACAUUCACCCUGUGCAUUUUGCAAUCUGCCUUUUCCCCUCCUGAGCAGAGCCCCUUUGCAGAGAUAAUGCUCCUUCUUUAAGGUGACUGGGUAAAAUUUCACUCAGCCAUAUAUUGUUUGCAAUAGUCAAAGAGCUCCUGGGCUCAGGACCUACUCUUGUGUUUCAUGGCAAAGAACUGUAAGAGGGAAUCCUCUUUGCUUGCUCUUACUGGGUAGUGAGACCCCUGUACCCUGUAGGACUCUUAGGAAACCUGUUUUCUCCAAAGAUGGUUAUGUGUAAAUUGCAGGACUGUGCCGUCAAUGUUCCACCCAGCUGAAAACAAACUAGACUGAGAAGUGUAUGUAAAUGUAUAUAGGUGAUGAACUUCAGCCAGCUGUUGGACAAAGGGGCAUGGAAACUGAAAUCCUGAAAAGGAACAGAAUCCUUUUGCCCACACUUACUAUUCUGUCUUGUAUUGCUGAGGUUCCCUGUGCCAUUUAAAAAAUGUUAAUAAUGUCUUUAGGCAGAAAGUGAUGUUUUGAUUUACUUGUGGGUUUUUUUCUAUUACAAUAAAAAUAAAUACAACACAUUUUUCUGAUUGAAUGCAUGUGCCCACGCAGCUGCCCAGCCAAUGCAGCUGCCCAGAAGUCAUUAUCUUCGCUCUGGUCCCAUCUGGGAAGUGUAGCUUGAGAAAUUGCCCAAGCAGUUUGUGCCAGGUGCUGCUACUGGAAGUAGUGGUGGUAACUGCCCUUUGCUCAAACUAGCCAAAGACAAUACACUUAUUUAAGUCUGGGAGAUCUUUUCUUCUGUAAGUACUACAGUAUUUAAAACCAUACUCCUGCAGCUUGACACAGCUUGGAUGAGGUGAAUGAAGAUGUUCUGUCAGCCCAGGUUUUGUUCAGCCUUUGGUCAUCUAAGUCUACAUGUAUGAAAUGUCUAAUGUCUGCUGUUGAAGAAGAGGCCAAACAGAGUUUUAACAUGGAAAAAAAGUAUUUUCCUGACUGCCUUGAUGCUACUUCCAAAAGGGAAAAAGAAAAGGAAAAAAGCAGUAGAGUAAGAAGUAGACUUCCAUGAUUGAGUUCCUCUGGAGCUUCAGAGGGGAUAUUGGGGAGGAUUAUAUAGCACUGCCUAAAAUAUCUGGCUCUGGGGAAGAAAUUCAUUCUGCUUGAUUCAGCCUUCUGCAUGCUUAUUGAUGGCAUCCAAAUGAUAAACCACAGAGUUUCCUGUUUGUGUAACAGUCUGUAUCAGCACAGUACAGAAAAGGUCUUGUAACAGAAAGGGAUUGUAACAGAGAUGUGUGAUUGUGAUUAUUUUGGCUGUGUUCUUCAGAUGUGCUGGUUUGCCACCAAGUACUAGCA